UUUUACAGCCAAAAUGGACAGCGACGUACAGAGACCGUUUCUGAGUAGGGAAGACACAGACGACGCAGAAGAGCACAUAAAUAAUAGGCAGUCCUUUAAAUAUGUCAGGCCAGUAGAGCGACGGUCAUUCCUUAAGACGGUAAAACAAAAUAUAACCGACCACUUCAAAUUCGUAGGCGCUGGUAUCAUUGCAGCCGUCAGCUAUUUCGAUCCAGGGAAUUGGGGUACAGAUUUGGCUGCAGGAUCUCAAUAUGGAUACAGUUUACUAGGUGUCGUAUUGUUAGCCAGUUUGGGCGCAAUUCUCUAUCAAAUAUUGUCAUGUAGACUUGGAAUAGUCACUGGAUUAGAUUUAGCACAACAUAUACGUCUACAAUUACACAAUAGAGAGAAGAACCCAAUGAUUUGGCGCUGGAUGGUUUUAUACCCUCUAUACGUUCUCGCUGAAUUCUCGUUAGUCGCUACUGACUUGUCGGAACUCCUUGGUAGCGCUAUUGCAUUGAAUUUGAUAUUCCCAUUUAUGCCGCUUUGGGUCGGUGUCAGUCUUACCGCGCUCGAUGUUUUGAUUAUUCUCGCAAUGUACAAUCCUAGCGGCAGCUCAAGAAGUAUGCACAUUUUUGAGGGUAUAAUCGGAGUAAUGACAAUAGCUGUAUUCGCAUCAUUUGCAGUUCUUGUUAUUAAAGUUCAUCCUGAGUGGUCAGAGGUUAUGCGCGGAUUCCUGCCCAACAAGCUAGCAUUUGAGCCAGGGGCUACCUACAUUAGUAUUGGUAUAAUUGGUGCUACGAUAAUGCCUCAUUCUAUGUUCUUAGGAUCGAAGUUAGCUACGGCUGAUAGACUAGCAUCAGCAUCUUCCGUCAACAGUAGUCGAACAAGUAGCAACGAAGAUAGAUUCUCUCUUAGUAACAUCGAAGAAACUUCUAGGAAUCCACUAGAGUAUGUUGCCAAAGCUAUGAAACAAGAUCCAGAUUACGAGCCAUCACCGCGUAUUGGAGAUGCAGAUGUUUACGAAGGUGGUCCGGGAAGAUUGCCGUCUAUUUUGAAGCACUUAAAACAUGGUAGUUGGGACAUAGCACUAUCACUUCUCACCAUCGCUGUACCAGUUAAUGCUGCGAUCUUGAUUGUCGCAUCUGCGACGUUCUUCAAUAAUCCAAAUAGAGAUUCAGAAGGUGUGGCUGAUUUAUUUGAUGCUCAUGAUUUGAUUCUGAAAUAUAUUGGUAAACCCUUUGCGUUUAUUUUUGCAUUCGCACUCUUAUGUGCCGGUCAGUCAGCAUCAAUAACAGCAACUCAAGCAAGUCAAGCUGUCAGUGAAGGAUUUAUCAACUGGAAAAGUCCACCUAUACUUCGAAGAUUGAUUACACGUCUUCUAGGUAUCUUGCCAUCACUUAUUAUAGCUGUUAUCGCAGGAAGAAGUGGUGUGGAUCAAUUGCUCAAUGCAUCACAGGUAGUUCUCUCAAUCAUGUUACCUUUCGCGAUUGGACCUCUAAUAUAUCUCUCUGGGAGAGAGGACGUAAUGAGAGUCUGGAAUCCAACUGAUGAAGGACAAUCAACUUCAACUACUAAUCUAUUAGAUCCAUCGAGGUUAGGCCCUUCUCAUGCACAUCGUAGAAGACAAUCAGAGAAUGUCACAAUUGAUGGUGGUUAUCAACAAUUUCAAUUAGCAGAUCAAUUACAGUUAAAUACGACUGGUCAAUGGGUCGAUCUUCGACCUUCAAAGUACAUUCUAAUAAUAUCUUGGAUAAUUUUUGUUGGACUUUGCCUCUCAAACGGAUUCGUAGUUGUACAAGUUUGUAGAGGUAAAGAAAUAUAAACGAAUUUUAUGGACAUUAAGACAAAUUGUAAACCCAAUACGCAAAC